UCUACCUCACACACACAUACACACGCAGUGUGUUUGCUGGGAAGGGGAUAGUCCAAGGGAAACUAGGGAUAACAUUGUCUACCUUCCUGUAAAGGAAUAUUUUCCUCUCUGGAAUUCCCAUUCAAAAGAUCUUGGGACAACAUCUCAACGGGAGACGUUACACACAAUUCUUACCCAUCAUCCAAAGCAAGUGGCAUUAUUAUCACCUGAUCUGCAACGUGUUUGCCUGCCAUCAGCAUCGUCACUUGCCAGCAGCAACACCAACACAGGGCGUAUUUGACAUUAUCAGGGAGACCAUGAGCAGUAACUACAGCAUCACCCUCUUAGGCCCUGCCCCCUGGGGCUUCAGGCUGCAAGGAGGGAAGGACUUCAACAUGCCCCUCACCAUCUCCAGGCUGACGGAUGGUGGGAAGGCGGCUAAAGCUGGUAUCGCUGUUAGUGACAUGGUUCUGUCCAUUGACGGCAUCGCCACAGAGGGCAUGAACCACCUGGAGGCCCAGAACAAGAUCAAGAGCUGCGCUGACAACCUCAGCCUCACCCUGCAGAAGGCCUCCAGUGAUCCCAGAGCUCCUCCCGUGGCACCAAAGGACGACAGGUCAGACAUCAUAAAACCAGUGGCCCUCACCCACCCCCCUCCACCACCCCAUUCCCACCCUCACGGCUCCAGGCCCUCCACCCCCCCCUACAGCAAAGCCCCUAGACCCUACGGGGGCUGCGGAUCAAAGAGCGAAUACCCUCCGUCAAAGUCGCCAUUCGCUGCCUUCAUCCCAUCCCCAUCCUCCGCCUUCACCCCUGCAUCCUCCUUCACCAGUCCUCCUCCUCCACCCCCACCUCCUGUCUCUUACCCAUCCUCUUCCUCCUCCUCCCCGCCUGUCCUCGUUGCACCCCAGCCAUCAGUGUAUAACACACCAAUCAACCUAUACUCCUCUGAGAACGCCUGCGAGGUGGCCAUGGGGCAGAGGCGGGGCCUAUUGGAGAGUCAGGGUGGAGCCUUGCCACUGCAGUUUAAUGGAGUUCCCAGGAAACAUGUUGUGGACACAGACAUCCAUUUUUACCACGUGCCCACUCACGCUGACGCCAGCAGGAAGCGCUUAACGGAGGACACGGAGGACUGGCGCCCACGCUCCGGCACCACUCAGUCCAGAUCCUUCAAGAUUCUGGCUCAGAUCACUGGCACCGAGCAUGCUCAAGAUGAGGAAGCUGAGAAAGCCAAGCAGACAAAUGAGGAGAGUGAGGAGCCUGAACUCAACAGCCAUGAAUCUGCAAUUGUCAAGACCAUGAUCAAAGGGCCUGCUGUAACUAAGGGUCACGGUCCACAGGCCGGUUUCAUCCUUCCGUCUUUCGGUAUGAAGGGUAACGGCAGUACCAGUGUCCCAAGGGUUCCCAUCCCUGUCCGACCUGUACCUCAGCCCCAUCCUAAAGAUCAAGACACCCUGGUCCAGAUGGCAGAGCACAUUCCUGCAGGGACUCGUACGCCCAUGUGUGGCCACUGCAAUAUGGUCAUCAGAGGGCCCUUUUUAGUAGCAAUGGGUAAAUCAUGGCAUAAGGAGGAAUUUAACUGUGCCCACUGCCGUACCUCCCUGGCAGACAUAGGCUUCGUGGAGGAACAGGGAUGUGUCUACUGUGAACACUGCUAUGAAGACUUCUUCGCUCCAACAUGCAGCCGCUGCCAGACCAAGAUACUGGGGGAGGUGAUAAAUGCCCUCAAACAGACGUGGCAUGUGUACUGCUUUCAGUGUGCUUGCUGCCAGCAGCCCAUCAGAAACAACAUCUUCCAUCUGGAGGAUGGAGUACCAUACUGUGAACAAGACUUCUACAGUUUGUUUGGAACUGGAUGCCAUGGAUGUGAGUUCCCCGUCGAGGCCGGAGACAAGUUCCUGGAGGCCCUUGGUUACACCUGGCAUGACACCUGCUUUGUUUGUGCUGUUUGCUGUACCACGCUGGAAGGCCACACAUUUUUCUCCAAGAAAGACAAACCUCUUUGCAAGAAACAUGCUCAUACACUGAAAAUAUAAAUCCUGGACUCCUCUGACAUUUUUUUUCUUUGCUUUUUGGCCGUGGGUUAUUUAAUAGAUUAAGAAGAUCUCUUACUAUAAUACUCGUUAGUCUAUGCAACAACACUUUUCCAGCAAUAAUGAUACUUUUAUCUUAUGAUCCCUAUCAGAGGCAGAAUUAAAGCUUGCAGCUAAUGAUGACUGUUCUCAGUUUUGCCCAAUUUUCAAUAAAAUUAAAUUUCAUAAAAUUAAAAACCUUUGAACAAUCUGUUUAACCUGAUUUUCUUCUGGAUUUUAAGAUUAUGUGACAAUAGUCUUUAUUUCUAAAUCCAAAGUUUAAUCUUGAGUUUCUUUGGGGCAUGACAGUGACGAGAUCGACACAAUUCAUUUUCUAUCCUGUAUAAUUACAUGUCACUCAUUGUCAUGAGAGAGUACCAGAAAUGUGUGAAAUUAUAUAGCCAUACCCACUAUAUGAAUACAAUAAGCAAAGUAUGGGACAUUCAGGACAUAAAAGAUUUUUUUUUCAUUUGCAUUAAUAUUUGUGUCCCUGUAAUAAAAUUACAGCUAUUAAAAGUUCAAGAAAAUCUUUUCUUCAAUGUUUACCAAUUUGUUAAUUAAGUCUGGGCGGAAUGUGUGAGAAGAUGUUUAAAGCUGUUGCCUUUGAUUAAUGUGUGUAAUUAUUUUAACCUCCUCUGUAUUUUGGGAAAAUCAAUUCCAUGCAUUUUAUUUUUCCAUUUGUCGUGUGAAACUGCUUACACUGUUUAAACAUCACCUUUUUCGAAAGAAAAGGUUACAUUUUGUCAUAUGACGUAUAAUAAUAUGACAGUAAGGCAUUUGUGAAAGCAAGGUGAAGUGAAAGAAAAGUGGUAUAACAAAAUAAAAGCCCAUAUUUGUAUAUCUAUGUACUUCUCCUUGCUAUGUGGACUGACUGAUUUUCACAAAUACAUAGCAGAUGCAAAGAUAUGUGUUCUAUACUGAGUGCCAUAUAGUUUCAUGAGUCAUAUUCAUUUUUUUAUUUACCUUAUAUUAUUUCAUAUAUCAGUUUUACUAAUUGCGAUUUCUGGUUGCUUCAGUCCUCUAGAUGAAGUCCUUUCUGGCCUCCAGGAAAACACGUUGUCAAAAAUGGAUAUUAUAAUCUGUAUUUAGUAAACUGUAUAUUUUAUUUUGUUUAUAGAGGGAUGAAAUGUCUUAUCACACAAUAUGUAUUUAAGUGUUUGGGUAACUGGGUUUUUGCUUUUCAGGGACUGGUGAAGGGAUUCAACAAAGUAGUUUCUUCUGUGUUGGCUCACUUGACUGUCACUUAACAAUAUCAAAAUAUCAAUUGGGCGAUAUUUAAUUUUCCAUAUGGAUGGACAUACUGUUUUUUUGUUUUCUAAACAGCAGAGCAUCUCGCAACAGAAUUCUGUUAAGUUAUUUCAAAUAAUUAUUUCAAAAACGUUCUUUUUUUUACUGUAUGGAAUAAAAGGUGUUAAUACAAUGUAAAUUGUCAACUAAAUGUGGUUAAAAAGAAAGAACAAAAGUGCAGUCUGACCUGUUUGAUCUGAUCUGAAUUGUUUAUUAAAUUUUACUUUUUAA